GUGCAAAAGAAAAGAAAUUGUACGUUCUACUACUGGGAAAAUUUGAGUGAAGCAUUUCAUCAAACAGUUGUGUGGUAUCAUCUCCCAUGGCGACGACCUUCUCGCCUAUCUUCUAUGCCUCCAUUGCUCCUAAAACUCGCACCUCAUUCCCAGGUUUACAAAAUGCGCUUUCAUGGAGUGCGUCUGCGAAUUAUGCCAAGCUUCGGAUGGCGGCGGCAGGGGUUUCUGCGAAACCUUUAUUCAUCAAGCACGCAGUAAAGGAGAGAUUGGGAGUGCGGUGUGCAACUCUCGAGGAAAUUGAAGCAGAGAAGUCGAUGAUUGAAGAAGAUGCUAGAGAAAGGAUGGAGAAGACUAUUGAAAACGUUAGAUCCAGUUUCAAUUCGAUUAGGACAGGGAGGGCAAAUCCAGCUAUACUAGACAAAAUUGAGGUAGAGUAUUAUGGAACACCAGUUGUUUUGAAGAGCAUAGCUCAGAUAAGUACUCCAGAUGCAAGUUCCAUAUUGGUGCAGCCCUACGACAAAUCCAGCUUGAAGUCUAUCGAGAAAGCAAUUAUUGAUUCUGACCUUGGGAUGACUCCAAAUAAUGACGGAGACGUUAUUAGGUUGUCUAUACCACAACUCACAUCAGACAGGAGGAAGGAGUUGUCAAAGGUUGUGGCUAAGCAGGCUGAAGAAGGCAAGGUUGCCAUAAGGAGUAUUAGAAGAGAUGCUAUCAAAUCUUAUGAGAAGCUUGAGAAGGAGAAGAAGCUCUCAGAGGAUAAUGUGAAGGACCUGUCUGCUGAUUUGCAGAAAGUGACGGAUGAGUACAUGAAGAAGAUUGAAUCAAUCUUCAAACAGAAAGAGAAGGAACUGCUCAAAGUAUGAAGACCUCCCGGCGACAUGUAAAUGAGAUUCACUGCUGUAAUGAAAAUUUGAGAAGCUCCUUUCACUUGGCUUUGGAGGGUGGUGGUAUGUGGUACUCUAGAUAAAUAUGGUAUAUGCUGCUUCAAGACUUGUUCUUGUUGAUAGAGUUUCUUGAAUUGUUCUUUUCUGUUACUGUACAUUUUUUCUGUUAAGGCAUAAAUUCAUUUGUGACA